CCGGGCUGGGAAGGCGCGGGCGCCACCGCCCACCCGCCUUGAGGAGGCGGACCCGCUCGGAACGCCGCGCGCGCGCCUGGCUGAGCCUUGCAAACAAGUGUCUGUGGCGGUGUGCCCGCGGCCCUCGGCGGCCCUCGUUGCGCAGGGGCUGGCUCCUCGGGGCAAAAGGAAGCGAGGGCGCCCCGGGGGCCACCUCCGCCGUCAUAGGCCCUAGCCCCGCGCGGGAAGCCGUGGACUCGGCUGGGCUGCGGGGCGCGCGGACGCGGGGUCGAGGCGCGAGCGGAGCCCGCGCUCCGGCGGAGCAGCUCCUAACAGAAUAACGCGCGUGGCUGUCCCCACCCCUGGGAGGGGUUGCCGGUGCAGCCAGCUGCCGCCCAGCGUGCAGCGCUCUCUCGCUGGAGGAUCUGCCGCGGGGAAGGAGGGAGGAGCAGGAUCCACCUGGCCGAGGCGCAGAAGUGGCUCCCGGGGAAGCCGGCGUGGGGACCGUCGCCUGGUGUCCCCUCGGGGCGCGGUGAGCCGGGCGCGAGCGGGGAGCUCCAGGGUGGCGCGGCAGAACCCUCGGCCGGGCGCGCGGCGACCCGGGGGUUCUCCUGGACGGUCCUCCGCGACCCGAGCCACCGGCUGGAAGCCACGGAGGACCGCUGCCGCGGGCUGCGAACGAACACUAUCCUUCCCGAAAGCGGAUUCUGCUAUGACAUCUGGGCUUUCCAAGGGGUUAACCUGGGUGUCCUCGGCAAAGUUGUCACCGAGCCGGGAGCCGGUGUAGGGUUUGCGGCGCUGCGGCUCCCCGGGCGGGCGGGGGCCCGGGGACGGCCGUGGCUCGGUGGGACCCGCGCGGCCGGGGGGCUUCUGGGGGUGUGCGCCCCCAGCCGGCUGCCCUCGUGGAUGCCUCCCGGCGGCGGCGGGCCCAUGAAAGACUGCGAGUACAGUCAGAUCAGCACCCAUAGCUCCUCCCCCAUGGAGUCGCCCCACAAGAAGAAGAAAAUCGCGGCCCGGAGGAAAUGGGAGGUGUUCCCGGGAAGAAACAAGUUCUUUUGCAACGGGAGGAUCAUGAUGGCCCGGCAGACAGGCGUCUUCUACCUGACGCUCAUCCUCAUCCUGGUCACCAGCGGACUCUUCUUCGCCUUCGACUGUCCAUACCUCGCGGUGAAGAUCACCCCUGCCAUCCCCGUGGUUGGUGGCAUCCUGUUCUUCUUUGUGAUGGGGACUCUGCUGCGUACCAGCUUCAGCGACCCAGGAGUCCUCCCCCGAGCCACGCCUGAUGAAGCCGCUGACCUGGAAAGGCAAAUAGAUAUCGCCAAUGGCACCAGUUCAGGGGGGUAUCGCCCACCUCCCAGAACCAAAGAAGUCAUCAUCAAUGGCCAGACUGUGAAACUUAAGUAUUGUUUCACCUGCAAGAUUUUCCGGCCACCUCGUGCUUCCCACUGCAGCCUGUGUGAUAACUGCGUAGAACGGUUUGACCACCACUGUCCCUGGGUAGGCAACUGUGUGGGGAAAAGAAACUACAGAUUUUUUUAUAUGUUUAUUUUAUCCCUGUCUUUUCUGACAGUCUUUAUAUUUGCAUUCGUUAUCACCCACGUCAUUCUUCGUUCACAGCAAACAGGAUUCCUCAAUGCCCUUAAGGACAGUCCGGCGAGUGUGCUGGAGGCCGUGGUGUGCUUCUUUUCUGUCUGGUCCAUUGUUGGCCUCUCUGGUUUCCACACAUAUUUGAUCAGCUCCAACCAGACAACGAAUGAAGAUAUCAAAGGGUCUUGGUCAAAUAAAAGGGGUAAAGAAAAUUACAAUCCCUACAGCUAUGGAAAUAUCUUCACAAACUGCUGUGUUGCCCUGUGUGGGCCCAUCUCUCCAAGCCUAAUCGACAGAAGAGGAUACAUCCAGCCAGACACACCACAGCCAGCAGCGCCUUCUAACGGGAUCACCAUGUAUGGGGCCACGCAGUCACAGAGUGACAUGUGCGACCAAGACCAGUGCAUUCAGAGCACCAAAUUCGUUUUGCAGGCCGCAGCCACUCCCCUGCUGCAGAGCGAGCCCAGCCUCACCAGCGAGGAGCUGCACUUGCCCGGGAAGCCGGGCCUGGGUACACCAUGUACCAGCCUGACGCUGGGCCAGCCCACACCACCCUCCUCUAUGCCCAACCUUGCUGCCGAGACCACACUAUCAGACAUUUUGCCUCUGAAGGAGGAGCAUGGGGGCCACCAGUUUCUGACCCCAGAUGAGGCACCCUCACCACCACGGAUGCUGGGGGCCAGCAGCCCCCUGACACAUAGCCGCACCAUGCAUAUGCUGGGCCUGGCCAGCCAGGACUCACUGCAUGAAGACUCUGUGCGGGGCUUGGUGAAGCUCAGCUCCGUGUGACCCUCGUGGCCAGCCCUGGGACCAUAGACCAUGGGAGCAAGCAGAGAGGUGUGCCCCAUAGCUGUGGAGAUGGCAGCCCAGGUCCAGGGCACAAAGAACGGCUCAAAAAGCUAACAGGGAGCCCCUCGUAUGACAGAGGGUGGGCUCCAGCUGCUCACAGCUGCUUUAUCUCGUUUCUUCUCCACUCAGAAACAGUUGACAAAAAAUAAUGGACAUAGCCAAGUGGCCGUUUCGUUUGGAAUCUUCAGGGUGAGCUGAGGGAGGGAGGACCCCUUGCCAGGGAUGCAAAGAGGCUGCAUGGAUUCAGCCCCUAUUCUGCUGUUCUUGGGACAGACUCGCAGAAGGUUUCUGACACUUGUGGCCAGACUGAAAUUGCAUUUAAUGUUAUACUACUAGUCAAGAUAGACACGCCAUUCCAUUUGUUAAUUGAAACAAAAAAUCCUAAAGGGAAAAGCCGGCCAGACAUGAGGUUUGCAUGCCACGCUACAUCUGUGUUACAGUGGUGUUGGCAUUCCAGAGGAGAUGCUGCUUUGUUUUCCUUCCUUUCUCUUUUAAUUUUGUGGAAUUUUCCAGUGCUGUUUUGUCAGAAGACAGUGCAACAAACCAAUCCUAAGGGACAAUGCCAUCUCAAGUGGUUUAUUGGGCUUAGCUAUAUGUGAACAGGUGUCAUCUGCUGCAGAGGGCUGCUGGGGUCUGUCUUGGCCUGGACAGACAUUAAAUCUUCUGUCAGUGCUUAGAUGGGGUGUUGUGUUGUUCCACUGUGCCCCAGUCCUCACUUCCUGUGAUCAACUUCCCAUGGACAGCCAAUAAAAUGACAUCCUCUGUUAUUUUCUGAUCUGCA